AGAAAUGGCAAGAUCAUUGAACUCUGUGUUGAAGACUUGAAGUGAUCAAAAAUGGGAGAUCCCUUAUUCUACAGUUUAGCUCUCAUCGUCUUUUCUCUGCUUCUCAUCAACCUUUUCAUAACCAAUAGAUCACGUAAGUAUAAGAAUCUACCCCCAAGCCCACCUUGCCUUCCUGUCAUCGGUCACCUUCAUCUUCUCAGACAACCGAUCCACCGAACCCUCCAAUCUCUCUCCGCUAAAUACGGCAAAAUCCAACUACUCCGAUGGGGUUCUCGGCGAGUUGUCUUGAUCUCCACGCCGUUGAUCGUUGAAGAGUGUUUCACUAAGCACGAUAUCGCCUUCUCCAACCGCCCGUUCUUGCUCGCCGGAAAACACUUCCACUACAACUACACAACCGUUGCCGUAGCUCCCUACGGCGACUUAUGGCGCAACCUCCGCCGCAUUAUGUCCCUCGAGAUCUUCUCCUCGUCACGCAUGGCUCUGUUUUCAAGUAUCACACGACAAGAAGUCCGGUUGUUACGCGAUCAAAUCUCCAGGAGUUGCAGUUCGGGUAUGACAAAGGUUGAGCUUAAGUCCAAGUGUAUCAAUCUUCCGUUUAAUGUGAUGACGAUGAUGAUCGUGGGGAAGCGGUAUUACGGAGAAGAUGUAGGAGAAGCUGAGGAAGCAAAGAAUUUUCGAGAAGCUAUUAGGGAUGCAAUGGAGUUAAACUCAUCAGCAAAUUUGGGGGACUUUUUGCCAUUUUUACAGUGGGGUGACGUAUCAGGGUUGGAGAAGAAGAUGGUGAGGGUGAUGGCUAAGAUGGACAGUUUCUUGCAGGCUAUGGUUUCGGAUCGUCGUGAAACUAUGUCAUCGAAUUGUGAUCAAAACAAGGGUGGAGGAGAGGUCAGGAAGUUGCUGAUUGAUAACUUAUUGUUGCUUCAGCUAACAGAACCCGAGCUCUACACUGAUGAGAUAAUCAAAGGCAUCAUUCUGGCGUUGUUGGCGGCCGGCACUGAGACUGAUUCAACGACAUUAGAAUGGGCCAUGUCACUAUUGCUGAACCAUCCAGAUCAGUUGGAUCAAGUCAGAGCUGAGAUUGACAUCAAGAUCGGACAAGGGCGUCUGUUGGAUGAGCAAGACUUGCCAAAUCUGAAUCACUUACAAAAUGUGAUCAAUGAGACACUGCGUUUGUACCCUCCUGUUCCACUGUUAGGGAUUCGGUUUUUGGUUGACUUGACGAGACAACAGAUCAGCACCAUCGGCAUAUCAGCGUGCGGCACAAGGGGGAAUGUUCUCGGAUCUGUAUCUUUCUAG